AUGGAGGCCAACGAGCUCGAAUCGGUUGAGAAGAUUAAGGAGAAGGGAAUACUCUAUUUUCAUCAAGGAAACUAUCAAAAGGCAAGGGAGAUGCUAGAGAAAGUGUUAGAGAUACAAACGAAAGAAUUGGGUGAAGACGAUCUUUCUGUGGCCUUGACAACCCAUCACAUUGGAAAUGUGCUGAUGAGGGAAGGAAAAUAUGAUGAAGCCUUGGAGACACUGACUAGAGCUCUUGAGAUACGGCAUACUAAAUUGGGAGCAUCACAUGAUGAUACAGUAAAAACCUACGAACUGAUUGGCAGCGUCUUUAUGGAAUCUGGUGACCACGAAAAAGCCGAAAAAUAUUACCGAACAGUUGUGGUCAUCAAGAGCAAGUUUCAUUCGCUAGAGUCGCCUGCGUUGAUGAAUCUGAACCAAAAUCUAGCGUUAUCAUUGCAAAGACAAGGCAAAUUUUCAGAAGCACAGAAGAUCCAAAAAGAAGUACUUGCGAACCUACUACAAGUAUAUGGGGAAGACCACUCCGACGUUGUACUUGUAUACAUUGCCACUGCAGGGUUGUUGUAUGAACAAAAUAGGCCGAAAGAUGCCCAUCAGAUGCUUGAUAAAAGCAUCGAAGUUUGUUAUCGGCUAAAAGGACUGGGAGAUUUCAACACACAAGUAUUGGUAAGAGCGCUCAGCACAAAAGCAGGAAUGCUGGAAGUCCAAGGCGACCUCGAAGGUUUCACGGGAACGCUGAACAAAGUCCUAAUGGUACAAAAGGAAACGCUAGGUGAAAUGCACCCCUCCACAGCAGAUGCCUAUGAAAAUCUUGCAGACGCAUAUCUAGGACAAGACAUGCUGGACGAGUGCAUCAAUGCUCUCACCAAGACUCUGGAAUUUCGUCGAAAGGUACUUGGCAAUGGACAUCCCCGCACGCAGGAGCUUGUGAGUGUCCUAAAACCAUUGAAGCGCGGGAAAAUUGCGAGAGCACUGAACGAACAGGGGCUGGCAAUGAGGGUGCAAGGCGAUAUGGACAAGGCGAUUCAACUCUUCCAAGAGGCAUUGGAUAUUUACAAGGAAACCUUUCUUCAUACUCAUCCCGAUAUGAUGGCAGUCUACGAGAAUGUUUCGGCUGUGAAGAUCGAACAAGGUUUGCUAGACGAUGGAAUUGCUGCGAGUGCAGAAGCCCUCAAGAUUCGUCGACGAACGCUUGGGGACGAUCACACUGACACGAAGGGGAGUAUGGAAGCGCAUAGAUCAUUGCUGAGACGUCUCUUAGAGAGCCAAAGCUAA